UACCACAGUUAUUUGGAGUUUCAAGCUGUGGGCGAGCGAGCUCGAAUAAAGUUUCGUUCUAAACACGCAGUGUCGGAAAAGACGCCGAAUUCAACUUUUAACAGGACUAGAAUUAUUCACCUAAUGUGUUUAAACAACUUCGCUGUGUGCAGUUUGUUCUCAUCACUGUAAGCACCCUGAGACAUGGUCGAGCCAACAAUACACAAGUUCACGUCUUUAGAGGAGGAGCUGGGCUUCUGGAAGGAGCAGUCAAGUAGACACCAGCAGAGGGCAGAUGAAUCUCAGGAGGAGCUGCAAGAGUUUCAGCAGAUGAGUCGAGACUAUGAAGCCGAGCUGGAAGCAGAGUUGAAGCAGUGCGAGGCUCGGAACAAGGAACUGCUGUUAAACAACAACCGACUCCGAGUGGAGCUGGAGAACAUCAAGGAGAAAUUUGAGAAUCAACACGCUGACACUUUUAAGCACAUCUCAACCCUUGAGGAAAAUCUAGCAGAGACUACAGCAGUCCGAGAUCACCUGCAGAAAUACAUCAGGGAGCUGGAACAGUCCAAUGAUGACCUGGAGAGGACCAAAAGGGCUACGAUCAUGUCCCUGGAGGACUUUGAGCAGAGGAUGAACCAUGUCAUUGAGAGGAAUGCUUUUCUUGAAAGUGAACUGGAUGAGAAAGAGAACCUGCUUGAGUCGGUUCAGAGACUCAAAGAUGAAGCCAGAGAUCUUCGGCAGGAGCUGGCAGUACGUCAGAAAGAAAGGCGGCCAUCCAGCAGCCUGGGCAAAGAUUCUGAUCCUUCCAGUGGUAUCACUCCCAUGCCUGGUACCCCCUCUAAACCUCUCAGCUCCUUCACCACACCUCCUGCAUCCAGCAUCCGACGAGGUGACGGUCUAACAGGGACUCCUCUCACAACAUCUGCCAGGAUAUCUGCACUCAACAUAGUUGGGGAACUGCUGAGAAAAGUUGGGAAUCUGGAGUCCAAGCUGGCCUCGUGUCGAGACUUUGUGUAUGACACGUCGGUUAUCAGGCCUACACUGCCCGCCGCCCUUGGGAGCCCAUGUGGUCUAGAAGGAGGGGCUGUAGUACAAGCUAGCAGCAUGAGUCCUCCCCCUCCUCAGUACGACAGUUUAGUGAAGCGGUUGGAAUUUGGACCGGCGCCCCCACGAGGUAUCUCCCAGGGGCCUCAGUCGCCACAGGGAGGAGUCAAGAUGCUGCUCUGAGGAACAUUUGCCUCACGCCCCACCCUGCGUGCACCUCUUGGGAGCGCAGUGGUCACAUGAUGCACAAACACUUCCUUUGCUCCAUACAACACUUGACUGGCGGAAUCCUGCUGCCUCAGACUCACUCUUAUCACAGCGCUUUGCAAAAUGAGGUAUGCUUUUUUUUUUUUUUUUUAAAUCCCUCAUGCAGUCUUGCCAAAGUGUACUGGAGCAGGAGCAAAAGUCCAAAGCAGCAAGCAUGUUAGUCCCUGGAAUGGAAUAGUGACUCAUUUAGGGACUUUUAGGUCAGUGUUUUAAAAAAAAAACUUUUUACAUAACAUGACUCAUUCUGUUGUAUGAAUGGCAGCAAGAUCAACUUAAGUCACUGCUGCCAUCUAGUGGAGGAACUUUUUUUUUGUUCUGCUUCCUCACUGGUAUAGCUCGAUAAACAUUUGUAGGGCUGGUAAGGUAUUUUUGAACUGUGCUGAAAAAAUGCAAGUUUUUACAUAUUUGAUGUGGUUGAUUGUGAAAAAUGGUUGGUUGGUUUUAACCCUCAGCUGCCUUCACUUUGUUCUUUUUCAGCUCUUUUAGUUGACUGUUGAAUUUGGGAUUAUUCCACUCACUUUACUGAUACUGGAUGUCAUAGUUGGGAUUAGAGAUAACAUUGUGGAUCAGGUUAAAAAGACGCACCGUGUGUUUUUCAGCACAUCGGGAAAGUAUUCACAGCGCUUCACUUUCUCCACAUUUUGUUGUUACAGCCUUAUUUUGAAAUGUAAUACAUUUUUGUCCUCAAAAUUCUACACACCCAUAAUGACAAAGUGAAAAAGUUUUGUUAGAGCUUUUUGCAAAUGUAAUUCAAAAAACAAAACAUAUACAGCACAGGCCAAAAGUUUGGACACGCCUUCUCAUUCCAAUGCGUUUUCUUUAUUUUUAUGACUAGUUACAUUGUAGAUUGUCACUGAAGGCAUCAAAACUAUGACACCUGUGAAGUGAAAUGUUAGAGCUUUUUGCAAAUUUAAUUCAAAAAACAAAACAUAUACAGCACAGGCCAAACGUUUGGACACACCUUCUUGUUUCAAUGAGUUUUUAUGACUAUUUACAUUGUAGAUUGUCACUGAAGGCAUCAACACUGACACCUGUGAAGUGAAAACUACCUCUUGAAGCUCAUCGAGAGAACGCCAAGAGUGCGCAAAAAAGUCAUCAGAGCAAAGGGUGGCUAUUUUGAAGAAACUGGAAUAUAAAACAUGUUUUCAGUUAUUUCACCUUUUUUUGUUAAGUACAUAACUCCACAUGUGUUCAUUCAUAGUUUUGAUGCCUUCAUCUACAAUGUAAAUAGUCAUGAAAAUGCAUUGAAUGAGAAGGUGUGUCCAAACUUUUGGCCUGUACUGUAUAUAAGUAUUCACAGCCUUUGAAGCUCAAAAUUGACGUAUUUAUUUUAUGGGCAGUGUACGCAAUGCGGUAUGUACAAGUAAUCAAUUGGUGCACCAAAUUAAGCUAAUUUCCACCUGUCUUUACAACAGGGUUCUGUUCUUUUUUGUUGUUGUUGCCUUCUUUGUUACUUAAACGUUGUGGAGUUUUGAGGACAAAAAUGUAUGUAUUCCAUUUUGGAAUAAGGCUGUAACAAAAAUAAAACGCUGUAUAUAUUUUCCAGAUGCGCUGUAUUUUUGUUGUUGUAACAUUGCUGUUUUUCACCUUUUUUAAGAGGUUGUUAUGGCUGGGCAGUAAAAAUCCACAGCAAAUACCAUCCAUGCUGCUGUGUCCUCUUGGCUGUGUUUCUCCCCGACUGACCGCCAUUCAAGCAUUAAAAGGAGAUAAGCACUUUG